AUGGGGGAGACGGGUAAUGGGGAGGGGGACGGGGAGAAGCGGGAGACGGGGGAGGGGGAGAAGGGGAAUGGGAAGGGAGCGAGAGGCGAGGGGGAGUUCAGAGGGGGGAGAGGCGAGUGGGUGUGGGGGUAUAGGGAGGGGAGAAGAGGGGACGGAGUCAUGGUAGGGUGGGAUGGAGGGCAAGGGGGAGGAGGAAGCGGAGUGCAUGGGAGAGGUGAGGGAAGGGGGACAGAGAGAAGGGGCAAGCGAGGGGGCAAGGAGGGGAGCAGAAGGGAUGCUGAGGAAGCCAUGAGGCAGCGCGUGCUGCCAGGGCUGAAGGAGAUUUCGCUUUUCCCCCUCCGCAACCCCCUUUCUACUUCAACCCUCCACGCCCAGGGAACAAUGCGGCGGCGGGUGCUAGCAGGGCUGAAAGUGGGAUUGGCUCCGUCCAGACAUCGCCUGGCCAAGGUGCCUGCAGGUGUUCAGUGUGGUGUGGUGGGAGUGCAUGUGUGUGGGUGGGAUAAUGCUCGCAACACUCCCGUGGUUGUGGCUCUCUCCAGACGCCGCCUGGCCAAGGUGAGUGCUGGUGGGGUGCUGGUGCUAUUAGGUAGCACACGGGAAGGCCGGGAACCAGCACACAGGGGAGUGCUUGCAGCAUUCCCGUACUCAUUGCUCUCUCGCGACUCCGCCUGGGCAAGAAUAGUGCUGCAGGAUAGACAGGCGUGUGGGGAGGGAGUUGAGGGGGAUGCGGAGAAGGGGGGUGGGGAGGAAGAAGGGCGUGUGGUGCAUGGGGGUGGAGGGAGGUGUGGAGGAGGCACGAAAUGGUUGGAGCAUGAGUGGCGAGAAGGAGUGUUCUGUCAUUUCAGUGAGGGUGGGAGAGGUGAGACGGGAGGCAGAGGGGGAGAGGCGAGAUGGGAGGCAGAGGGGGGAGAGGCGAGAUGGGAGGCAGAGGGGGGAGAGGCGAGAUUGGAGGCAGAGGGGGGAGAGGCGAGAAGGGAAGCAGAGGGGGGAGAGGCGAGGGAGGAGUGUGCACUCCAGGUGACUGCAGGUGUGCCCUCCAGGUGUGCCCUCCAGGUGACUGCAGACCCAUUCCCCCUAUCCCUUGACCCAUUCCCUCAGUCCCCUGACCCAUUCCCUCAGUCCCCUGACCCAUUCCCUCAGUCCCCUGAGACAUUCCCUCAGUCCCUUGACCCAUUCCCUCAGUCCCUUGACCCAUUCCCUCAGUCCCUUGACCCAUUCCCUCAGUACCUUGACCCAUUCCCUGAGUCCCUUGACCCAUUCCCUGAGUCCCUUGACCCAUUCCCUCAGUCCCUUGACCCAUUCCCUGAGUCCCUUGACCCAUUCCCUGAGUCCCUUGACCCAUUCCCUCAGUCCCUGACCCAUUCCCUGAGUCCCUUGACCCAUUGCCUAAUCCCUCGACUAAUUCCCUCAUCCCUUGACCCAUUCCCUCAGUCCCUUGACCCAUUCCCUGAGUCCCUUGACCCAUUCCCUGAGUCCCUUGACCCAUUCCCUGAGUCCCUUGACCCAUUCCCUCAGUCCCUUGACCCAUUCCCUGAGUCCCUUGACCCAUUCCCUCAGUCCCUUGACCCAUUACCUCACUCCUUUGACCCAUUCCCUCAGUCCCUUGACCCAUUCCCUGAGUCCCUUGACCCAUUCCCUCAGUCCCUUGACCCAUUUCCUCAGUCCCUUGACCCAUUCCCUCAGUCCCUGAGACAUUCCCUCAUCCCUGAGACAUUCCCUGACUCCCUUGACCCAUUCCCUGAGUCCCUUGACCCAUUCCCUCAGUCCCUUGACCCAUUCCCUCAGUCCCUUGACCCAUUGCCUAAUCCCUUGACCCAUUCCCUCAGUCCCUUGACCCAUUCCCUCAGUCCUUUGACCCAUUCCCUCAGUCCCUUGACCCAUUGCCUCAGUCCCUUGACCCAUUCCCUCAGUCCCUUGACCCAUUCCCUCAGUCCCUUGACCUAUUCCUCCCCUGACCCAUUCCCUCAGUCCCCUGAGACAUUCACUCAGUCCCUUGACCCAUUCCCUCAGUCCCUUGACCCAUUCCCUCACUCCCUUGACCCAUUCCCUCAGUCCCUUGACCCAUUCCCUGAGUCCCUUGACCCAUUCCCUCAGUCCCUUGACCCAUUCCCUCAGUCCCUUGACCCAUUCCCUCAGUCCCUUGACCAUUUCCUCAUCCCUGAGACAUUUUCUCAGUCCCUUGACCCAUUCCCUCAGUCCCCUGAGACAUUCCCUCAGUCCCUUGACCCAUUCCCUCAGUCCCUUGACCCAUUCCCUGAGUCCCUUGACCCAUUCCCUCAGUCCCUUGACCUAUUCCCUCAGUCCCUUGACCAUUCCCUCAGUCCCUUGACCCGUUCUCUCAGUCCCUUGAUCCAUCCUUCCUCAUCCCUUGACCCAUUCCCUGAGUCCCUUGACCCAUUCCCUCAACACCUUGUCACGUACUCACAGUCCCUUGACCCAUUCCCUCACUCCCUUGACCCAUUCCCUCAGUCCCUUGACCCAUUCCCUGAGCCUCCUGACCCAUUCCCUCAGUCCCUUGACCCAUUCCCUCAGUUCCUUGACCCAUUCCCUCAGUCCCUUGACCCGUUCCCUCAGUCCCUUGACCCAUUCCCUCAGUCCCUUGACCCAUUCCCUCAGGCCCUUGACCCAUUCCCUCAGUCCCUUGACCCAUUCCCUCAGUCCCUUGACCCAUUCCCUCAGUCCCCGACCCAUUCCCUCCAGUCCCCUGAGACAUCCCUCAUCCUUGACCCAUUCCCUCAGGCCCUUGACCCAUUCCCUCAGUCCCUUGACCCAUUCCCUCAGUCCCUUGACCCAUUCCCUCAGUCCCCUGACCCAUUCCCUCAGUCCCCUGAGACAUUCCCUCAGUCCCUUGACCCAUUCCCUCAGUCCCCUGAGACAUUCCCUCAGUCCCUUGACACAUUCCCUCAGUCCCUUGACCCAUUCCCUGAGUCCCUUGACCCAUUCCCUCAGUCCCUUGACUAUUCUCUCGCUCUCUUGACUCAUGACCUCAUCCCUGACCCAUUCCCUCAGUCCCCUGACCUAUUCCCUCAGUCCCCUGACCCAUUCCUCAGUCCCCUGAGACAUUCCUCAGUCCCUGGACCCAUUCCCUGCGUCCCUUGA